AGAAGCAGGUCGGCCUGUGCUCGCCGCCACACACCGAGAGGAUGAAGCUCGCUGUCGGCGCCCUGCUGGCCUGCGCUGUCCUGGGGCUGUGCCUGGCUGUCCCUGAGAAAACUGUAAGAUGGUGCGCCGUGUCAGAUCACGAGGCCAGUAAGUGCUACAGUUUCCGUGAUAAUAUGAAAAAAGUCCUUCCAACAGAUGGUCUCCAACUCAUGUGUGUGAAGAAAGCCUCCCACCUUGAUUGCAUCAAGGCAAUCGCGGCAAAUGACGCAGAUGCUAUGACACUGGAUGCAGGUUGGGUGUAUGAGGCAGGCCUGACUCCCAACAACCUGAAGCCUGUAGUGGCAGAGUUCUAUGGGUCCAAAGACGAUCCACAAACCUACUAUUAUGCUGUUGCUGUGGUGAAAAAGGACAGUGGCUUCAUGCUGAAUGAGCUCCGAGGCAAGAAGUCCUGCCACACAGGCCUGGGCAGAUCAGCGGGGUGGAACAUCCCCAUUGGCUCGCUUUAUUGUGACUUACCUGAGCCACGGGUGCCUCUUGAGAGAGCAGUGGCCAAUUUCUUCUCGGGCAGCUGCGUCCCUUGUGCGGAUGGGGAGUCCUUCCCCCAGCUGUGUCAACUGUGUCCAGGGUGUGGCUGUUCCUCCCUUGAACCAUACUACGGCUACUCAGGAGCCUUCAAGUGCCUGAAGGAUGGUGCUGGGGAUGUGGCCUUUGUCAAGCAUGCAACCAUAUUUGAGAACCUGGCAAACAAGGCGGACAGGGACCAGUAUGAGCUGCUCUGCCUGGACAACACCCGGAAGCCAGUGGAUGAAUACAAGGACUGCUACUUGGCCAAGGUCCCUUCUCACGCUGUUGUGGCCCGAAGUGUGGACGGCAAGGAGGACUUGAUCUGGGAGCUUCUCAACCAGGCCCAGGAACAUUUUGGCAAAGAAAAAUCAAAAGACUUCCAACUGUUCAGCUCUCCUCAUGGGAAGGACCUGCUGUUUAAGGACUCUGCCCACGGGUUUUUAAGGGUCCCCUCUAGGAUGGACUCCAAGCUGUACCUGGGAUAUGAGUAUGUCACUUCUGUUCGGAAUCUACGGGAAGGCACAUGCCCAGAAACCUCAAAGAAUGAAUGCAAGACGGUGAAGUGGUGUGCACUGAGCCACCACGAGAGGCUCAAGUGUGACGAGUGGAGUGUUAGCAGUGGAGGGAAAAUAGAAUGUGAAUCAGCAGAGUCCACCGAAGACUGCAUUGCCAAGAUCAUGAAUGGAGAAGCUGAUGCUAUGAGCUUGGAUGGAGGGCAUGUCUACAUAGCGGGCAAGUGUGGUUUGAUACCUGUCCUGACAGAGAACUAUGAAAAAAGCAGUGAUUGUAUGAGAACAUCAGAGAAAGGGUAUCUUGCUGUGGCAGUGGUAAAGAAAUCGGAUGCUGGCAUCACCUGGAACACUCUGAAAGGCAAAAAGUCCUGCCACACUGGAGUCGACAGAACCGCUGGCUGGAACAUCCCCAUGGGCCUGCUCUACAACGAGCUCAACCACUGCAGAUUUGAUGAAUUUUUCAGUGAAGGCUGUGCCCCUGGGUCUCUGAAAAAUUCCAGUCUCUGUCAGCUGUGUAUGGGCCCAGACCCCAACACGUGUAAGCCCAACAGCAAAGAGGGAUACUAUGGCUACACAGGGGCUUUCAGGUGUCUGGUUGAGAAGGGAGAUGUGGCCUUUGUGAAACAUGAGACUAUUCUGCAGAACACUAAUGGAAAUAACAUGGACGCAUGGGCUAAGGAUCUGAAGCAGGAAGACUUUGAGUUGCUGUGCCUUGAUGGUUCCAGGAAGCCUGUGGAUAAGGUUGACACAUGCCACCUGGCCCGAGGCCCAAAUCAUGCUGUGGUCUCACGGAAAGAUAAGGCAGCUUGUGUCAGUGAGGUGUUAAGUCUCCAGCAGGCUGAGUUUGGAAGUAACGUACCUGACUGCUCGAAGAAGUUCUGUUUGUUCCAGUCUGAAACUAAGGACCUUCUGUUCAAGGAUAACACUGUAUGUUUGGCCACACUUCCAGACAAAACCACAUAUGAAAAAUACUUAGGAGAAGACUAUGUUAACGCUGUUGGUAACCUGAGAAAAUGCUCAACUUCACGACUCCUGCAAGCCUGCACUUUCCACAGAGUUUAAAAUCCAAGAGGUGGGGCUGCCACCCAGGUGGGGAUGGGAGCUCAGGUAACCCAUGGGUUUUUCCUGGUCUUGCUAACCGGAGUGGUUUGUGCCAACCAUGCCUGUCUUCACAGCUGUUUUGCCACAUGCACAGGACACGAAAUAAAAAUUAUUAUUGAUUUUA